AUGAUGGAGAAUCGGAGCCUCAAAACAGAACUCGGAGUUCAUGAGAGUUACCAGAAGUUGAUUAUGAUGAAUCCAGCUCUUGGUUAUCCUUUCAAAUUUUUAUCAACGUAUGUGCGGAACAAAUCUACAACAAGAAGAAAUGUCUAA